GGGGCGGGGGCGCUGCAGGCGGCGGGGCCGGGCGAUGCCUCCGGGGCGCCAUGGACCCGCGGAAGGAGUGUUCUCUCAACAGAUACCACCCCCAUGCAUUUCAAGGCUAUGAGCACAGCAAGCUGAGACACCAGCAGCCGGGGCCUAGAUCUUACCCUAAUAGUUUCCAGCUCAAGCAAAUAGAGUUUCUCAAGGGACAUCUCCCAGAAGUACCCCUGACCAGAAAGCAGACAUCAUCACUGCCACCGUUACUCACAGGAUUUUGGCCAAGACUUCCAGGACUACCUACCAUAGGCAGGCAACUGGAGAUCUGGGGUGUCACCAGAGACGUGCCUCUCAGAAGUCAGGGGUUCCAGAGAGGGUUCCAGCAUCCUUCACCGCAAGGCAGGAUUCUGCCGUGGAGAGGUGUUGAUAGGCUUUCCUCACAUUUCCAGGAACUGAACAUCAGCCAGGAUCAGGAACAAAGGAUCUUAGAGCUCUUGGAGAAGCUUGGAGAAGGAAAGGCCACCACAGCCCUUGAUCUGGCCAGGAAGCUUGGGGCCACAAAGAAAGAAAUCAAUCAAGUUUUAUACUCUCUGGCAAAGAAGGGUAAGCUACAUCAGGAGGCAGGAACACCCCCUUUGUGGAGAAUUGUGGUCUCAGUUCAGGCCUGGAACCAGCACAGCAGAGUAGUGAAACCAGUCAGUCAUAGCCAGGGAGCACCAAACUCAGACCCCACUUGGGAAACUGAAGACAAAAGUGACACAUCUGGCUCAGAAGAUCCCCCUGAGCCUUUCAACAUGGCUGAGAUCAAGGAAAAAAUCUGUGACUACCUGUUUAAUGUGUCUGACUCCUCUGCUCUGAACGUGGCUAAAAAUAUUGGCCUCAGCAAGGCCCGAGAUGUAAAUUCUGUGCUAAUUGACUUGGAGAGGCAGGGGGAUGUCUACAGGCAAGGGACAACCCCUCCCAUAUGGUAUUUGACAGACAAGAAGCGAGAGAGGAUGCAAAUCAAGAGGAAUGUGAAUAGUAUCGCUGAAACCACUCCAGCUGCUAUCCCUGAGACCAGAAGAAACACAGAGCUCCCCACCUGUAACUUACCCACAUCAGCCUCAAAUAAUGUGGUAACCACAGUAAAAGCAGAGAAUGGGCAGGAACCUGUCAUAAAGUUAGAAGGUAGGCAAGAGGCCAGACCAGAACCAAUAAAACUGAAACCACCUGUUUAUCACAAUGGCCCUUCAAAAGCAGGGUAUGUUGACUUUGAAAAUGGCCAAUGGGCCACAGAUGACAUCCCAGAUGACUUGAAUAGUAUCCACGCACCACCAGGUGAGUUUCGAGCCAUCAUGGAGAUGCCCUCCUUCUACAGUCAUGGCUUGCCACGGUGUUCACCCUACAAGAAACUGACAGAGUGCCAGCUGAAGAACCCCGUCAGCGGGCUGUUAGAGUAUGCUCAGUUCGCUAGUCAGACCUGUGAGUUCAAGCUGAUAGAGCAGAGUGGACCACCCCAUGAACCUCGAUUUAAAUUCCAGGUCGUUAUCAGUGGCCGAGAGUUUCCCCCAGCUGAAGCUGGCAGCAAGAAAGUGGCCAAGCAGGAUGCAGCUAUGAAAGCCAUGACAAUCCUGCUUGAGGAAGCCAAAGCCAAGGACAGUGGGAAAUCCGAAGAAUCAUCCUGCUGUUCCACGGAGAAAGAAUCAGAGAAGACUGCAGAGACCCAGCCCACCACCCCUUCAGCAACAUCCUUAUUUUCUGGGAAGAGCCCUGUCACUACAUUGCUUGAAUGUGUGCACAAAUUGGGGAGCUCCUGUGAAUUCCGUCUCCUGUCCAAAGAAGGCCCUGCCCAUGACCCCAAGUUCCAAUACUGUGUUGCAGUGGGAUCCCAAACUUUCCCCACUGCAAGUGCCCCCAGCAAGAAAGUAGCAAAGCAGAUGGCCGCAGAGGAAGCCAUGAAGGCCCUGCAAGAGGAGGCAACCAACCCAACAUCUUCUGAUAACCAGCCGGAAGAUACGAACAUGGAAUCACUUGAUAACUUGGAAUCUGGGAUGCCCAGCAAGAUCAGGAGGAUUGACGAGCUCGUCAGAUACCUGAACACCAACCCUGUGGGUGGCCUAUUAGAGUAUGCCCGCUCCCAUGGCUUUGCUGCUGAAUUCAAGUUGAUUGAUCAGUCCGGACCUCCUCACGAGCCCAAGUUUGUUUACCAAGCAAAAGUUGGGGGUCGCUGGUUCCCAGCCGUCUGCGCGCACAGCAAGAAGCAGGCCAAGCAGGAUGCAGCGGAUGCGGCUCUCCGUGUGUUGAUUGGGGAGAACGAGAAGGCAGAACACAUGGGUUUCACAGAGGUAACCCCAGUGACAGGGGCCAGUCUCAGAAGAACUAUGCUCCUCCUCUCAAGGUCCCCAGAGGCACAGCCAAAGACACUUCCUCUCACAGGCAGCACCAUCCAUGACCAGAUAGCCAUGCUGAGCCACCGGUGCUUCAACACUCUCACGAACAGUUUCCAGCCCUCCUUGCUUGGCCGCAAGAUCCUGGCUGCCAUCAUUAUGAAGAAAGACUCCGCGGACAUGGGUGUCGUGGUCAGCCUGGGGACAGGGAAUCGCUGUGUGAAAGGAGAUUCUCUCAGCCUAAAGGGAGAAACUGUCAAUGACUGCCAUGCAGAAAUCAUCUCCCGGAGAGGCUUCAUCAGGUUUCUCUACAGCGAAUUAAUGAAAUACAACCCCCAGACUGCAAAAGAAAGCAUAUUUGAGCUUGCUAUAGGAGGAGAAAAGCUCCAAAUAAAAAAGUCUGUGUCGUUCCAUCUCUAUAUCAGCACCGCUCCAUGUGGAGAUGGUGCCCUCUUUGACAAGUCCUGCAGCGACCGUGCUGUGGAAAGCACAGAUUCCCGCCACUACCCUGUCUUUGAGAAUCCCAAACAAGGCAAGCUCCGCACCAAAGUAGAGAACGGGGAAGGCACAAUCCCUGUGGAGUCCAGUGACAUUGUGCCUACGUGGGAUGGCAUUCGGCUCGGGGAGAGACUCCGUACCAUGUCCUGUAGUGACAAAAUCCUACGCUGGAACGUCUUGGGCCUGCAAGGGGCACUGUUGACCCACUUCUUGCACCCCGUUUAUCUCAAAUCUGUCACUCUGGGUUACCUUUUCAGCCAUGGGCAUCUGACCCGUGCUAUUUGCUGUCGUGUGACACGAGAUGGGAAUGCAUUUAAGGAUGGACUACGGCAUCCCUUUAUUGUCAACCACCCUAAGGUUGGCCGAGUCAGUGUAUAUGAUUCCAAAAGACAAUCUGGGAAGACUAAGGAGACGAGCGUCAACUGGUGUCUGGCUGAUGGCUACGACCUAGAGAUCCUGGAUGGUACCAGAGGCACCGUGGAUGGGCCACGGAAUGAGUUGUCCCGGGUCUCCAAAAAGAACAUUUUUCUUCAAUUUAAGAAGCUCUGCUCCUUCCGUGGCCGCAGGGAUCUACUGAAACUCUCCUAUGGCGAGGCCAAGAAGGCUGCCCGUGACUACGAGAUAGCUAAGAACUACUUCAAAAAAAGCCUGAAGGACAUGGGCUAUGGGAACUGGAUAAGCAAACCCCAGGAGGAAAAGAACUUUUAUCUCUGCCCGGUAUAGUAUGAUCCAGUGACUGAUGGACUGGGGGUAUUUCACAUGGGGCAAGAGGGGUAGGUUGUAGCAUUCCUCAUCACAUCGGUCAAGGGUGGUUUUGUUUCUCCUCCUCUUUUUUAAUGGAACCACAAUUGAUGGUACCAAGAAUUUCAGGUUCCCAUUUAUCCUGCUUUCUUUAGGGUUGCUAUGCUGGGUCUGGCCAGGACCUCUUCUCUUUUCCCAAGAGGCAGAGACCUAAGAGGAUAGAAUGGAGUUAUCUUUUCUUUCCACUCAAAGCAUAAGCAGUCACAGAGCACCUGAGGCUCAUUUCCUCUUAAGUUUUGUUUUUUUCCAUUUCCUUUCCCUUUGUGUUUGCUACACUGACCUCUUGUGGUCUUGAUUAGGUUCCAGUCAAAUCUCUAUGAAUCAUGUCAGGGACUGAUGAUUUCAUUUAUGGAUACUGUAUGUCCCUCUAAUUCCCUUCCUCCCCUUCUGAGAUUCUUCUUUGUGAUCAUUAAGUUUCUCCCUGCACCCCCACCAGGGUAAACAGGUGAACUUAAAGAAUUUGGUGAAACCUUUAUAAGGACAGGAGUUUAAAACUGCAGUCAGUUAAUUACCAACUGAAGUGUGAUCAGAGUCUUGCACUUUAGCCAGCUGGGUGGUGGGGAGGAAGGUGGGGGUUUGCCAAGAGGCAGGGAAAGCUGCUUCUCAGGCAGUUUAUCCCUUCCCCAGGCAGCUGGGAAGUCUAGAACCAGCCAAACUGGGCUAGGGAAGUUGCUCAAGCAGUAGCUGAGAUUCCCCCUGCAGAUGACACAGACUAUUUUCCAGGAAACACAGACAUUCCUUGGAAUACUGCCAAGCUACCAGCUUCCCCUCCUCUUAAAUCAUUCCUAAGAAUUUGCCCCAUUCAUGGAGGGCAGAAGGUCAUAGACCGCAACCAACUGGUAGGGAAAAAAAUCUAGGACAAAUCCUAGAGGGCAAAUCAUCUCUGCUCAGAUAAUCAGGACUUAGCAAGAAGAGGGCAAAAUAUCAUGUUGGGUCAGAUCACUGUUCCACCCAGCAUACUAUUUCACAUGACAGUGACACCAAGGGAAGUUGACUAAACCAUGUGUAAAAUAGAUGAGUUUUUAAAAGAAUGCCAUAGAUGUUGAUUCUUAACUGCUACUGAUAACCUGUAACUGCACAUAUUUAAAAUGCAGAUGUACUUUUCCAUUUAUUCAAAUGCUUUCAUUCUGCAAAAUUGCUUCAGAAGCUGGUUUCUGGGCAGGGCACAGACCUAAGGUCUCCCUGCCUCUUAGAGAAUCUUUACAGGGUUGGCAUACAACAAGGCAGUAGUCACAGGUGUAAGGGCAGAUUGUCCUCAAACUCUGUGAGGUGAAAUCUAUUGCCUACACCUCCAUGUUGACUUGUGUGGUCAGAGCUUCUGUCCUCUGUGGAGUCUGGCUCUGAAGCCAAGUCAGCCAGACAUGCUCAAGAGGACUGUGGAGGCUCUGCUACCUCCAGGACCUGGGUCUGCCUCUUUCCUGUAGAUGUGUCUUCAUCUGGGAACAUGCUGGCCACUGCCCUCAGAUGAUCUUCAAUCUUCCUCCCUCUCCCCUCAAACUGCUGACUAGUGCACCCCCUGUCUGGCCCACCUCUUCAACAGUAGAUACAAGUACAUCUACAUUUGUACUUUUACUCUUGUGGCUACUAUACCCUCUGUACUUUUGAGCAAAGUUUAACCAUGAUAAAAUCCACGUUUUUAAAUUAUGCUAAAGAUGUCUUUGCAGAACACCAGAGCAUCUGAAGGAACUGGUAGAGAAAUGGUGCCUGUCUUCUGAGGUGGAAGGGGCCUGCUCCCUGGCCCUGUGAGUCUGCUGAAGGCACAUUAAGUCAGUCCUGGCACCCACAUCUGGGGCAGAGAGAUCUGUGGUUCCCAGCCAUUAGAAGGAAGCUCAUCCCCUCAGUUCUUCAAGCUGAAGGGUUAGCACCUACUGAUUUACUCAGAAUGUUUGGCCCCUCGGGUGUGUCUUGGGCAUUAGAAUCUCCAGCAGAGCUCUGACUCAGCUGCCUCUUUAACUGGGAGCACAGGAGCUCUCAAAAAAUCAGAGCCUCCACUUGCUCCCAACAUCUUAGCUAGCACAGAUAGUGUUUGCUUUCUGCUGUAGGAAGAGCGCGAGGCAUCCCUGAGCUCUAUGUGUCUGCUGGAAAGGAGCCCCCUGAGGCCCUGCACCACUGCAUCCCCGCACCCCUCUGAGUCACGCAGGACAGAGGGGAAAGAGCUUCCACCCAGCCAGUGUUCACUUUUUUGUCCAAUCUUUGUUUUUAAUAAGCAGGACCCCUUCCCCCUUUCUUUUUAAUGAUUUUUGUAGUUGAUUUGUCUGAACUGUGGCUAUUGUGCAUUCUUUGAAUAAUCACUUGUAAAAACUGUUGAUGCUUGAAGCUGUUUCCUUUACUCAAGUUGAAAGGACUCUGUUGGUUUUGGGGUCUUGGUAGUGACUCCAAGAGCAGAGUGGGGAAGAGCCCAAGCAUAGACUUGGGUGCCAUGAUGGCUGCAGUCCAGUUUUAUGAUUCUGCUUUUAUGUGUCCCUUGAUAACUAUGACUAACAGUAUACAUUCCUCAUAAAUAAAAAAAAAAGAAUCUGAAUUGUUAGAAA